AUGGAGGCCUUUGUUACCCUUGUAGCAACCGAUUCAUAUUGUCCUGGUGCACUUGUGCUAGCCCACCGUCUUCGUGAUCUAAACACCACUAGACCUAUCGUCUGUCUUGUCACACCUGAGGUAUCUAAAAAUGCGUGUCUUCAGUUGGCCAAGGUCUGUAAUGUUGUCCAUGUCAACACCUUGCGAUCAAACGACGAUGCAAACUUGCAACUCUUGGGCCGCCCUGAACUAGACAUCACCUUUACAAAACUUCAUGCCUGGCGUCUGACUCAGUACACCAAAAUCGUCUUUUUGGACGCUGACACUCUUCCCCUCCGCAACGUCGAUGAUUUGUUUGACUGGCCGGCCUUUUCGGCUGCCCCAGAUGCUGGAUGGCCUGAUUGCUUCAAUUCUGGCGUAUUUGUUGCAGAACCAUCCGAAUCUGUUUAUAGUGAGCUUGUUGAACUUGCUUCUCAGCGAGGUUCAUUCGAUGGUGGAGAUCAGGGAUUGCUUAAUACUUAUUUUAGUGAAUGGUCAACUUCCCCUGAACAUCGAUUGCCAUUCAUUUACAACACCACGCCUACAGCACAGUACAGUUACGCUCCUGCGCAUGUCCAAUAUCGAAAUUCAAUUGCUAUCUCUCACUUUAUUGGACAAGACAAGCCAUGGAAAUGGCAGAUGUUUUCAGAUGGCAAAGUCUUUCCACGGGGCAAUGCCUGGCCAGGUUUAUGUGAGUUGGUCCAAUGUUGGUGGGAUACAUGGAAGAAACAUUAUGGAGAGGUACGAAAGAGUAGAAAACAAUUUCUGUAUAGGUCGGUGAGUCUACUAGCAUUAGUGUUCUGA